AUGCGUGUUCCUGAAAACGUCAGUGCUCUGCACAAGCGCACAGUAAAAAGUACAGGGCCCGUGGGAACAACACAGGGCACACAUCUCAAGACCAACACAACUCGAUAUAAACAGACCAGGAGGAAACCAGUAAGUGGGGUCUGGUCAGGCACCCGCAGCCCCAGCAAGCAGCUUGGGGGUAUUAAACUGAGUGGAGAUGCCAUGGGGCUGCCCCUAAGGCCGCGGCCAUCUUUCUUCCGGGAAGAGGCGGAUCAGGAACGGCGGGCGCGACCUCACCGCGACGACGCUGGCGCCGCCAUCUUUCCUCCGGGCGGAAGUGGCCGCGCGGCCCCCUCCCGGACAACCAAUGAGCAGGGCACGCGUGCCCACGUGACAGGCGGACACGUGACAGGCAGCGCCUGGCCCUCCGCCUCCGCCGCCGGUCGACGCGGCCUGCGCGCCGGCUUCGGGACCUCGGGGGCGCUUCCCGCACGCGCGCGGGCCAUGAAGCUGCUGCGGCGCGCGUGGCGGCACCGGACGGCGCUGGGGUGGGGCACGGGCGGCCUGGGCGCCGAGGAGCGGCGCGCGCUGGAGCGCGAGCAGGCGCGGCACGGCGACCUGCUGCUGCUGCCCGCGCUGCGCGACGCGUACGAGAACCUCACGGCCAAGGUGCUGGCCAUGCUGGCCUGGCUAGACGAGCACGUGGCCUUCGAGUUCGUGCUCAAGGCAGACGACGAUUCGUUCGCGCGGCUGGACGCGCUGCUGGCGGAGCUGCGCGCGCGCGACCCCGCGCGUCGCCGCCGCCUCUACUGGGGCUUCUUUUCGGGCCGCGGCCGCGUCAAGCCUGGGGGCCGCUGGCGCGAGGCCGCCUGGCAGCUCUGUGACUACUACCUCCCGUACGCCCUGGGCGGCGGCUACGUGCUCUCGGCCGACCUGGUGCGCUACCUGCGCCUCAGCCGGGAGUACCUGCGCGCGUGGCACAGCGAGGACGUGUCCCUGGGCGCCUGGCUGGCGCCGGUGGACGUCCAGCGCGAGCACGACCCGCGCUUCGACACCGAGUACAAGUCCCGCGGCUGCAACAACCAGUACCUGGUGACGCACAAGCAGAGCCUGGAGGACAUGCUGGAGAAGCACCAGACCCUGACGCGAGAGGGCCGCCUGUGCAAGCAGGAGGUGCAGCUGCGCCUCUCCUACGUCUACGACUGGUCCGCGCCUCCGUCCCAGUGCUGUCAGAGGAAGGAGGGCAUCCCCUGAGCUGCAGCCGCGGCUGACCUACCGCACGCCACAUGGCGCUUCAGGGAGGCCAGGACAUGCCUCAGGAGGUGGCCACCGCAGCCAGUCAUUCGGGGUCCUGUGGGGCACCUGCUGAGGGGGCCUCCCACUGGCCUUACACGGGCAAAGCUGGAAGGCUCUGGCUAGUUCCCCGGAAUGAGUCCAGCCUUCAAGGGGGCCGGGUGUAUGUGGCGACCGGUGGGGUUUUCAGGCAGGUGCCAAGCGGCGGUGGACAGCUCCUAGGUCCCAGUCCUGGUGGGCACCCAGGCCUGUGCACCCCAGUGACCACCAUGGGGCCUCACUCCAGACCAUCUUAUUCUGGGUCUGGGAGACCCGUGGGUCUUGCCAGGACAACACAUGAUGUCCAGAUAGAAAUGUCCUGUCCCUGGAUUUCAGCCAGCAUGGGCCUAGGUUGGGAAGGUGCCCAGCUUUGAGUGUGACGCAGGCAGCAGUGGCUUGCAGCCCUGCCCCAGCCGGUGCACUUGCUGGCUUCUCCCAAGGUAGAGGAGAGCAGCCAGAGGCUGGAGCCGACAGGCACUUGCAGACCCUGACCUCAAAGAAAGAAUCUGGACUUGUUCAGGGGUAGGGACUGUGUCACGUCCUGCAUCCUGUGUUGACCGUCCACCUAGGAAAUCGCUACACCAAGAGCUGUGGCCGCAGGGAACUGACCCGAGGGCCCUUGCAUGUUGGAACUUAACUGUGUGUUGCGUUCCAGUGGCUUUUAUCAGAAUCACUGUAGAUUUGUUGGGUUGGGUUGCCGCCUUUUAUGUUCCAUGUUGGUGUCAUUUGUCAUGUGGCAGUCUCAGAUUUCACUGUGUGUCAUGUUAAUUAGCUUCAGUGGUAUUUUGGUCUGUGUUGCUUUAGAGUGAAUUUGUGAUAAAUGUAACAGCGCUAGUCUGUGACUUAUAAAUAUUGUAAAUUUGUGUAGAUAAGAGUUUAAGUUAGGAGUGUGUGGGUCUCAGUAUUUUUUAAAUUAUUUAAGGGAAGACUUUUCUAUCAGACCUUGGGCUUUGUGGAUUAAUCUGUUUUUAUGGCUUGAGUUGUAGACCCGUUACUGCCUGUGUGUUUAAAUGUGGAAGAAUUCU